CCCAGUCCAUCAUAUCAAACGCACAUCUAUAAUCAACACCAGUGUAACGUCAAGCACAUACGACAUCAUCAAGGUCUCUGGCGGACCGAUCGCAGCUGUACUAGCUCCCACAACACACACGCGACCGCGUCGCGCACGGUGACACCAUGGGCCGUGAGAUCAUCUCGAUCCAGGCCGGGCAGGCCGGAAACCAGAUUGGACAGCAGUUCUGGCAAAAGCUAUGUGCGGAACACGGCAUCUCGCCGAACGGCAUGCUCGAGGACUGGGCCGAGGGCGGGCAGGGCGACAGGAAGGACGUGUUCUUCUACCAGGCCGACGACGAGCACUACAUCCCCCGCGCGAUCCUGAUUGACCUUGAACCAAGAGUAAUCAACAACAUCCUCUCGUCGCCUUUCAAGGGCUUGUACAACCCUGAGAACAUCUACGUGUCCAAGCACGGUGGUGGCGCGGGAAAUAACUGGGCACAGGGAUACAAUGCUGGCGAGAAGGUGUACGAGGACCUGAUGGAGAUGAUCGACCGCGAGGCGGACGGCAGCGACUCGCUCGAGGGCUUUAUGUUCAUGCACUCGAUCGCGGGCGGUACCGGAUCUGGACUGGGCUCGUUCCUCCUCGAGCGGCUCAACGACCGCUUCCCCAAGAAGCUGAUCCAGACAUACUCGGUGUUCCCGGGCACUGGCCCUACAUCCGACGUCGUGGUGCAGCCGUACAACUCGCUGCUGGCGAUGAAGCGGCUGGUCAACAAUGCCGACAGCGUGGUCGUGCUCGACAACUCGGCGCUGACACGCAUCGCCGCGGACCGACUGCAUGUCCAGGACCCGAGCUUUGACCAGACCAACCAGCUCGUGUCGACCGUCAUGGCUGCCAGCACGACGACGCUGCGCUACCCCUCGUACAUGAACAACGACCUCGUUGGGAUCAUUGCAAGCCUCAUCCCGACGCCAAGAUGUCACUUCUUGAUGACGAGCUACACGCCGUUCACAGGCGACGAGAUUGACAAGGCCAAGUCGGUGCGGAAAACGACCACGCUCGACGUCAUGCGCCGCCUGCUGCAGCCCAAGAACCGGCUGGUCUCGACGGUGUCGUCGCCUAACUCGUGCUACAUCUCGUGCUUGAAUAUCAUCUCGGGCGAUGUCGACCCGACCGACGUGCACAAGUCGCUGCUGCGUAUCCGCGAGCGCCAGCUGGCCAACUUUAUCCCCUGGGGCCCGGCGAGCAUCCAGGUUGCGCUCACCAAGCGCAAGACGACGCAGAACCGCGUGUCGGGCAUCAUGAUGGCCAACCACACAAGCAUGGCGUCGGUGUUCAAACGCAUGAUUGACCAGUACGACCGCCUGCGCAAGCGCAAUGCGUUCUUGGAACAGUACAAGAAGGAGGACUCGUUUACGCUCGACGAGUUUGACGACUCUCGCCGCGUGGUGGCCGAACUGGCAGACGAGUACCUGGCGUGUGAGAGCGAGGGGUACAUUAACUAUGGGGCGUGAGCGUUGCGCGCCCGGCACGAGGUACAUGAGGCUGGCGGCGUGACGGUUUGUGGGUGGCUCGGUGGCUCGGUGGCUCGCCCAGCAGGCCCCGGCAUGUAUGCAGCAGUUGUUGUUU